CGAUGAGUAGGUACCUACAUACCUAGGUAGGUAGGUAGGUAUUUACCAGGUACGGCUCAUCGCUCUGACAUGGCCCGUCCUGCCCCAGCUGCCCGUCCUACCACCAAAGGCCAAGGUAGCCAGCCAUGCAGACAAGGUGCGAGAGAUGCACAUUUGACCACGUCCUGCAGCCUUAGCACGGACUGGCUUGGGGUCUCCUUUUGGGCAACCUGUCUCGGAUGAAACUCUCGGAUGCGGGCUUCGCCCAUCAGUGUCAUGGGCUUGAUGGGCGGCUGCGCUGUCUACGGAUACGGAGUACUAGCGGCAACGGGCAGACAUGUGCAGUGACAAGGGUGCUGGCUGCUCAGUGCGCAGUGCGCAGUUGCAGCAGCAGGACAAGAAAACAAGGGAAAGGAAGGGAAAGGCGAGGGCUGGGCUGGGCCCUUUUAGCCUCGGAACCGUGGAGUCGACUGAGCCUUAACAGCGCUCGGAGGACAAGCUGGGCCAGAUGGGCGAUUCAGGGGAGCCCGAACUCUCGGAGGGCUGAUAGUGUGAGAGCUUCCCCCAUGCCGCCGGCCUGAUUGGUCGAAGCUCGUGCAAGACGACAUCCCAUCCUACCUCGUCCUCCUUAUAUUGACCUCCCAUCCCGUCCCCGUCCCCGUCCCCGUCCCCAGCUCCAUCCUGGCCCAGCGCCUCUCCCUCUCCCCUCUCCCCUCUGCCCUCUGUUUGUUCUUGUUUUGAUUCCUGCCCGUCCGUCCCAGCUCCAUCCACGGCCCUCGUCGCCCCUCGUCGCCCAAUCGCCUGCACGGCACUUGGUUGUUUCACCAUUUCUCCGCAGAUUUGCCCCCGGGGCCCCCCAGGCGCCAAACAUGCCCGUUGAACUACGCAAGCGCAAGGCUCCAGCUCCGCCCCCGGAGCCGCCGGCCAAGAAGCCCUCCAAGGUGGCCAAAGCUGCCGCCAAGGUCAAGGAGGCUGUCAAGGGCAAGACUGAGCCCAAGUCCAAGGCCAAUGGCGCUGAAGCAGCCAAGGCGUCCGCCCCUGCCAAGAAGCCCGAGGUUGGCGACACCAUCGACCUGGCUUCAUUCGGCGGCGAUGUGGCCACCAACGACGGCGAGACUACAACAUUGGCCCAGCUGGUCGACAAGUCGGGCUCUGGUGUCGUGCUCUUCACCUACCCCAAGGCUUCCACACCGGGCUGCACAAAUCAGGCCUGUCUGUUCCGUGACUCGUAUGAGCCGCUCACUGCCGGCGGUCUUGCCAUCUACGGGCUCUCCAGGGACUCGCCCAAGAGCAACACGACCUUCAAGGAGAAGCAGAAGCUGCCAUACCCUCUCCUGUGCGACCCCAGUGCGAGCCUCAUCGGUGCCAUUGGCAUGAAGAAAGCUCCCAGCGGUACUCAGAGGGGCGUCUUUGCGGUGGACAAGAAGGGCAAGGUGCUGCUGGCCGAGCCCGGCGGACCAGCCGCAACAGUCGAUGCCGUGAAGAAGCUUGUCGAGUCCGAGUCUGCUAACGGGGCUGCUGCCGAGGAACAGGCGGAGAAGGACAAGGAUGAAAAGACCAACGGUUCGGCAGCCGAGGAGGCCAAAGCCGAGGGGACUGAAGAGAAGAAGGAGGACUAGGUUGUGCCGGAUUCUGUAAAAUGCCGGGAUCAUGCCGGCGUGUGAUGGCCCGUGGGGAUGGCAUCGGUUGGGUAUUUCAACGAGACAGACAGCGUGACUGCUUGCGGCGAUGGCAUCUUUAUUGUGUGUUGAUUUCGAGAGGAGAGCACCAGUGAUGAGUAAUUAUUUUGUUCUCUGAAA